CUGUUCACUGAUCUUGAGCUGCCCCACACAACCCUUUUGCCCUUGCCUGUGGGACCCAGUGACCAUGCUGACCGAGUGUCCAACACCAGAAAGAUCAGAGCCCCGACCCACGCUCAGGCCAGCUGUGUCCUCUACAGCAACAUGUCUCAGGCAGUCGCGUCUCCACUUGAGACUAACAGCUCGUGGCCAGGAGAGGAUUCUGGGGUUCAGCUGAGAUGGGCCGCCCUGCUUAUCGUCAUGGUCAUCAUCCCCACUAUCGGGGGCAACAUCCUGGUCAUUCUUGCGGUUUCCCUCGAGAGAAAGCUGCAGAAUGCCACAAACUACUUUUUGAUGUCACUUGCCGUUGCUGAUCUACUGGUGGGACUCCUAGUGAUGCCCAUUGCUCUUGUCACCGUUCUCUACAACUCUGGCUGGCCUCUUCCUGAGUUCCUCUGCCCUAUCUGGAUCUUCCUCGAUGUGCUGUUUUCUACAGCAUCAAUUAUGCACCUAUGCGCCAUUUCUCUGGAUCGCUACAUUGCCAUCAAGAAGCCAAUCCAACACAGCCAGUACAAAUCCAGGGCAAAGGCAAUGGUGAAGAUUGCACUGGUGUGGCUCAUAUCCAUUUGUAUUGCCAUCCCCAUUCCAAUUAAGGGACUCAUGAACUACCACCUUCCCAACAAUGUCACCUUCAACAGUAACCACACAUGCCUGCUGAAAACCGACACCUUCCGGGAGUUCAUCAUGUUUGGCUCCUUGGUAGCAUUCUUCAUCCCUUUGACCAUUAUGCUGGUCAUCUACCUUCUCACUGUACAGGUGCUGCGCAAAAAGGUUUAUUUGCUCAAGUCAAGGGUGACUCAGCGCUUUAGCUCCCAAGCAGUCUCAACAGUUUUUCAAAGGGAACAGGGUGCACCCUCACCUCGGACUGAGCAACUGAACAUGCUAGACAACCGACUUCCAAGGAUGCAAGAAAAAUCUAAUGCAGGCACAACAAACUCUCCUACAGGGGGUGAAAUUAACUUUCGAAGAAUGUCGACAAUGGGCAAGAAGUCAAUGCAGACUCUGAGCAAUGAGCAGCGCGCCUCAAAGGUUCUGGGCAUAGUCUUCCUUCUCUUCGUAGUGAUGUGGUGCCCUUUCUUCAUCACCAACAUCACCUCCGUGCUAUGUGCCAGCUGUGAUGUUAAUGUGAUGGCCCGCCUCAUGGAGAUAUUUGUUUGGGUUGGUUAUGUGUCAUCAGGUAUCAACCCCUUGGUCUACACUCUAUUCAACAAAACUUUCAGACAGGCAUUCGGGCGUUAUAUGACAUGUAAUUACAAAACUGGUCACGAGCCAGGAAGCCAACCAGGGGCCUUAAAUGCAGAUCGGACGCUCACACGGAUUUCAUUCAGAUCUUCUAUGGCGGCAAACUCUAAACUGUUUAUGAAACGAGGAAUGAUAAACGGCAUUGGAACGGUGAGCUAUCAAAGUCCGCUGAGGUGCAGACAAGCAGCUGUACAGUCAUCCGGUGGUGUUGUCUUAGACACAAUGCUUCUGACUGAGAAUGAAGGUGGUAAGCAUGAAGAACAUGUUAGCUCUGUGUAGACAUUUGGACAUUAUCCAAUUAAAGAGGGAGCACUUGAAAAGGAUCAGAUUUAUGUUCUGUAUUUUUUAAAGACAAAAUUAUGAUUAUGAAUUAUGAAUGCAGUAUACAAUAUAUUGUUAUGCCGAACCUUUCAACUUGUGCUAUCUAAAUAUGAUGUAAAACAUCUCAGACCACAUGCUUUCAUUUUCAGACAACCACAACUCAACCUCUCAAACCUGUACUGCAAUAGACACAUAAUGCAUUGUACUCAUGAAAUGAUGCGUAUUAUAUUUGCUGGAUCUUUGGGAAGUGCUCUUGUAUGUGUAUUACAGCCUGAUGUUGACACGAUAACAAGGUUUCCAAAUAAAAAAAUGCUAUAUAAAAAGAACAAAAUUCAAAAUAAAUGAGUGCUGUCUUGCUGAACUGAAAUAAAAUGAUACAAGU